AUGAGCCGCCGCACCUCCCGCCGGCCGCGCUUCGGCUCGGUCAGCCACAUGCACGAGGCGGGCGGCGGCGCGGGCAGCGUGCGCGAGGACAUCCAGGCGCUCGACUACGACAUCGACGAGUCGACGCUCUUCCACCAGGAGCUACUGCGGCAGCCGCUCGAGUACCGGCGGCGGCUCAACCUGUACCGGUGGCUCAUCUGCGGCGCCGUCGGCUGCGGCACCGGCGUCCUCGCCUUUGCCAUCGACUGCAUCUGCGAGCAGCUCUUCGACGUCAAGUUCUCGGUCGCGGCGCACGCGAUGACGCACGCGCUGAGGGGCUCGGGGAGCUCGGCGGCCGCGUGGGUGGCCGGGCUGGCGACGAUGAGCGCGAUCAACCUGCUCUUCGUCUCGGUCGCCGUCGGCCUCGUCGUCUGCGUCUCUCCCGUCGCGGGCGGCUCCGGCAUCCCGGAGGUCAAGGCGUACCUUCAGGGCGUCAAGGUGCCGCGGAUGCUGCGCUUCGACGCGCUGCUCGCAAAGUCGGUGGGCGUGCUGUGCGCGGUGGCGAGCGGGCUCGUCGUCGGCAAGGAGGGCCCGAUGAUCCACAUCGGCGCCAUCAUCGCCGCCGGAGUCUCGCAAGGGUCCUCAAAGAGCCUCAACGUGCGCACGAUGUGGCUCAAGUCCUUCCGCAACGACCACGACAAGCGCGACUUCGUCUCGGCCGGAGCCGCCGCCGGCGUCGCAGCCGCGUUCGGCGCUCCAAACAGAGGGGCGGAGGCACGAGCACGGCUCAUCCACACCAUCUGUGCAUGCGUUUGGCGAACCUUCUUCUGCGCGCUCUGCUCGACCUUCACGCUCAACAUCCUCCUCUCCUCGCGCCGGACGGACCACUUCGGCGCCCUCUCCCACCCCGGCCUCAUCACCUUCGGCGCCCCGCCUCCGCUCCAAAGCAGCGCCUUCCUCCCCUCCGACUCGGACUGGGACCUGCGCGAGCUGCCCAUCUUCGUCGGCCUCGGCGUCGCGGGCGGGCUGGUGCUCGCCGUGACGCUGCUCACGACAUUCUUCGCCUUCUCGUUGCCGCUGCUGCUGCCGUGCGCCGACCACUUUGCGACGCGAAACAGCACUUCGCAUAGCGAGGCGCCGUGGCGGCCCGAGGCGCCAUUCGAGGAGCCGACGCCCCGCUCGCCCCUGCACUCGCGCACACGGGGGCCUGGCCAGGCACUUGCUCCGAACCUCGCUCCAGGCGCCAAACCCGCUCGCGUACUCACCUACGGCCUCCCCGUCCCGUCCGGCCUCUUUGUGCCGGCCAUCAUGGCGGGCGGCGCCACCGGCCGCCUCUUUGGCGAGCUGCUCUCCAUCUACGCGCCCGGCUACUCGACCAGCCCGCCCGGCAAUUUUGCGCUGAUUGGCGCCGCCGCGGUGCUGGGUGGCGUCUGCCGCAUGACCAUCUCGAUCACCGUCAUCGUGGUUGAGUGCACGACGAACAUCUCGUACUUGCUGCCGAUCGCGCUCACCAUCAUGAGGCGCCCGAUGCGGAGGCCCCUCUUCACACGCGCAGCUGUGAGCAGGCACAUCAGGCUCAAGCGCUACCCGAUGCUGCCCGAGGAGCCGCCGCACGAGCGCGAGCGGCUGCAGGCCAAGCACGUGAUGGCCACCUCCAUCAAGUCCGUGUGCGACGUCGAGCGGGUGGGCAAGAUCAUCGACCUCCUCAACACCACCACGCACCACGGCUUCCCCGUCAUCGCCUCCUCGCAGCUCCAGCGCGCCCGCCCGGCCGACGGCAACCAAGGCACGCCCUUCCAGCGCAAGCCGCGCGUGCUCGGCAUCGUGCUGCGCGAGCAGCUCGUCACCAUCCUCGCCAAGCUCAAGGCGCACAACUGGCGCGCCCCCUCGCCCGGCCCCGACCCGCACGCCCUCGCCGCCGACGACUUCCUGCGGCCGUGGUUCAACGAGGCCGUCUCUGCCGACUCGGUCCGCAUGUCUGCCGACGAGCUCGAGCGGCGGAUCGACCUGCGGCCGUACAUCAACGAGGCGGCCGUCGUCACGGCGCAGAACUCGUCGCUCCGCCGCGUGUCGGCGCUCUUCCGCUCGCUCGGCUUGCGCCACCUGCUCGUGGUGGAGAGCUGCCCCACAAUCGUGGGCGUCGUCACGCGCAAGGACCUGCUCAUGGGCGGCGAGGAGUUCCUGCUGCCGGGCGGCGACUGCUGGCGCGACGACGAGGCGGAGGAGGACGUGCCCGCCCUCCACCGCGCGCCCGCCUCGUCGCCCGCGCGCCUGUGGCACUCGGCCUUGAGCCGCAUCACCAGCUCGAGGCGCAGCACGCAGCCGCGCGGGACGAGGCUCGCCAACGCGGCGCUCGACGCGAGGCUGGACGAGCGAGUGGCCGACGAGGCGGGGCUCCAGCCGCUCAGCGCGAGCGCCUUGCGCCCCAUCGCCAGCUCGGGAAGCAGCGAGGGCAGCGGGCGGGCGGGCGGAGGGAGCGACGGGAACGGGGGCGUCGCUGCACCGCCGAGCGAAUAGCUCCCCUCUACUAGUUACACUCGAGAGUUUGCUGGUUCCAGGAGCACUACUAGCCGUACAGUUGCGGGAGUCUACAAUUGCGCAGGAGAUUUAUGUAUGUAGCAUAUGCUCUGAGGUCACAGUAUGGGUUCGGCACCUGUUCACAGCAGUGUGAAGGUAUGGGAUGAGAAAAAGAAACUCCGGAGUACCAGU